AUGGAGGUUCCUCUUGUUAAUUUUGAGAACAUGGACGAUGUCGGCAUCAACCUGGGUGACCCGAGUGACUCCGGGUACCCGACUUCGCCCACCUCAGAGGCACCUGAUCAGAAUCUGUUGCCCCACCGUCUGAGUUCUCCUCACCAAUCGCCGCACAGAGGACGACGUGGGCAUCAGUCUGGUCAAGAGGGGUUGUCGCCGUCCUCUCCACCAACUGUGACCACAAAAGCGAACUCCAGCAGUGGCAGCUUGAUCUCUAAUCUGAAGCUCCUGAUCAAUAGCGAGUCUCCCACUGACAGCGUCUUCAGUAAGAUGGCGAAGGAUGGCUAUGAGAAUGAAGAUUUGUUUGAAAGGCACUGCAUGGAAGAAAAAGAUGAGAAAGUUGUCAUCAAUAUUUCAGGCCUUAUGUUCGAGACCCAGCUCAGCACCCUGAAUAAGUUUCCAGAGACGCUGCUAGGCGACCCCAUGAAGCGGAUAAGCUAUUUCGACCCAAUGAGAAAUGAAUACUUUUUUGACAGAAACCGCCCGUCCUUUGAUGGGAUUCUGUACUACUACCAGUCCGGGGGGAGAAUCCGCAGACCAGCCAACGUUCCCUUAGAUGUUUUUGCUAAUGAAAUUGUUUUCUAUGAGUUGGGUCAUGAGGCAAUGGAGCAGUUCCGUGAAGACGAAGGGUUUAUUAAAGAGCCAGAGGUCCUUUUGCCCACCAACGAACUCCAGCGACAGUUCUGGCUCUUGUUUGAAUACCCCGAGAGCUCCAGUGCAGCCAAAUCUGUAGCUCUGGUUUCCGUGUUUGUCAUCGUCAUUUCCAUCUUCAUCUUCUGCCUGGAGACUCUGCCAGAGUUCAGGGAGGACACUGACUUUCUCCCGGAUUUAACCCAAACUAUCAAUGGCACCCAAGACAGUUCUGUCCCCCAUCCCGCCACUAAAGACGUCAUGACUUAUAUCACAGACCCCUUUUUCAUUGUGGAGACCAUUUGCAUCAUUUGGUUCUGCUUUGAAGUCGGUGUCCGCUUUGUGGUGUGCCCCAGCAAAAGCGAAUUCUUCAAUAACAUCAUGAAUAUCAUUGACAUAGUCUCUAUAAUUCCCUACUUUGUAACCCUGGGCACGGAGCUGGCUACGACCCCUGACGACGAUGUCAACUCUAGUCAAAACAUGUCUCUGGCAAUCCUAAGAAUCAUCCGACUUGUGAGAGUUUUCAGAAUUUUUAAGCUCUCCCGACACUCAAAAGGCCUUCAGAUCUUGGGUCAGACCUUGAAAGCCAGUAUGAGGGAACUGGGGCUGCUCAUUUUCUUCCUUUUUAUAGGAGUCAUCCUGUUCUCAAGUGCCAUCUACUUUGCAGAAGUGGAUGAACCCCAGACACAGUUUGUUAGCAUCCCUGAUGGCUUCUGGUGGGCUGUGGUAACGAUGACCACCGUGGGAUACGGGGACAUGUGCCCUAUCACCAUGGGAGGCAAAAUGGUCGGCACCCUCUGUGCCAUUGCUGGUGUCCUGACCAUUGCCUUGCCCGUCCCCGUCAUCGUGUCCAACUUUAACUAUUUUUACCACCGAGAAACUGAGCAGGAGGAGAAACAGAUAAUGGAUGCAGCAGCAGAGGCUGCCCAGAAAAUGUCAGCUGCUAACAAGUAUGGAAGCACACUCUCACUAAACAAAAGUAACGGCAACUGGCAGAAUGAGAAGAAUGGCAUGCACUGAUAGAGAAACCACAGUAUUUAUAUAUAUCAAGGGCAUAAAAAAACACAUGGACAAAUCUCACACAUCUGGUCGUCAGAUACACUGGGUGAUAACAGUUUAUCUUUCUCACCGUUUUGUACUCCAAACAUGGCAGCAUUUGUGCAUAUCAUUACAGUAUUAAUAGGCACUGUGUGGUGGUGAGACAGCCUUUACACAAGUUGUCUGUCUGCUUGUGGAUGUGUCAAAGUGCAAUUAACACAACUCAGCAACUACUAUGUUCAGUUAAAGGUAUUCAGGUUAAGGUAUCUUUCAUCCAGUGCAAUUUGAAGAAAAAUGUGAUGGUUCAGUUGAACUAUAGACAAGUGUUCCCCCUUGAAAAUGUACAUUGUUAGAGUAAAUAUAGACGUGAAAGGCAAAGUAAGUUGUAAAAUGUCCUUCUGGUUUGUGAAACAGUGUAAGUUUAUCCCACAAAAGAAAAUAAACCAAAAACAGUUUGAUAAUCACAGCGUUUAAAGCUGGAUGUAUACGCAGAGCUCACAUUACAUCACAGUUCCAUGUUAGUCUACACAUUCAGCAAAAUCUAGGCAGAACUUGGCGUGAUUUUCAAGGACAGGGAAACGUGUCCAGUGUAAGGCAAGAGGACAUCAGCGCACACAUUGUCCUAUCAGCAAAUCUAUAGUUGUGAAUGCUCAGCUGGCAGCACUUCUCCAUAUGACACAGCGUAACAAUAUCUGUGUGAUAAAUAGUUGGCACCUUAGCACGUCUGCUAUUAAUCUUGUAGAUACAGCAAAAUAUAAAUCAUACCUUGAAACUGCUUAACGUUCACUGUAUUAUAGUACAUGCAGCACAUGCAUGCAAUAGUUUCAGUUAUUAAAUCACAUCAUUUUUAUCUACAUGAUUACAUUUUUAUUAUUUGGCAUUUUGCACCAGAUUAUGCAGAUUUAGCCGUUUAUGCAUUCACCCUCUCACGUGUUAUUAUAAUGUGAAUUAACCCUUUAAAAACCAUAUCAAUUCAUUGCACCGAGAGAUCUACCCCC